AUGCUCGUGCCUAAGAAUUUAGUUUGGACCUCUAUGAAAAACCAAAUUGCUAAGCAAUAACUCCUUGCCGCUCAAUAAAAGAGAAGCUUUGGAAUUAUCCAAGAGUACAAUGAGAGAAAGAACAAGAAGCUCAUCAAUAACGUGCUCUGCACUGAGGAAGCCAAGUUCUGGGUUACCUCUUCAAGACCCUCCAACUUCGGAGACCCCAUUGACACCAAGACCAAGGUCGACAACUGGUUCGAUGAAAAUAGACUCUGGAACGAAGAGUCAAAGGACUACGAAAUCAAGAGAGCCUAGAUUUACAUGCUCCAAGGUUUCGUCUUAAGUAGUUAUGUUCUCGGAGUCAAGACUGUAAUCACCUGCCUUUACCAGCAAAUGAUCACCAGAACCAGAUACAUCAGAGACUCCUACAAGGAGCUUGACAUCUCAGAGCUCCCACCAGGUGAAGUGCUCCAAACCUCUUGGAACGGAGAGCUCAUCUUCGUUAGAAGACUUACUCUGACCGAGGUGAAGGACACCAACUCACUCCCAGACUCAACCCUGCUCGAUAAGCAAUCAGUGACCUCACUUUCAGAUGCUGGAAACUCAAACAUCUUGGUCUGCUCAGCUAUUUGCACUCACUUGGGUUGUAUCCCCGUGCCCUAUCUCGGAGCCUACAAGGGUUGGGUUUGCCUUUGCCAUGGUUCUGUCUACGAUAAAUUCGGAAGAGUCAGACAGGGUCCAGCUCAAAACAAUCUCCCAUAUAUCAAUAACUCUGUCUAUGGGCCAGUUGUUUGUAUUGAAGAGCAGAUAUUCCCUAAUGAACCCUCAAUCUUCCUCUACAUUUGA